CCAAAAUAAGCAGGAAUGGGCAGUGACUGCUCAGAUUUAACGCACCUUUUCCAUUUGCUACUAAGGCCCUGCGUGGCUCGGAGUGAGUUCUCCCUACCUGACUCUGGAGAGAGCAGCCACUGGGACUGGUCCACAGGCACCAUGAAACUGCUACUAGGGCCCUUUCUUUGUCUGCUUCUGUUCAGCCUUCGCUACAUUGGAAACAAAGCAGGAGCCACAGCCAUCGACAUGACGAAUGUACUUAACACUACAAAUGCAACAGUGACAAAUAGUACACUUCCGGAUGCUUCUCCAACAUUAUCAAGUUCCCAACACAUGAUUAACGCUUCACAACCAGACGUAUCGUCUCCUGAAAUCAGUACACUAUCCUCAACGUCCUCAACGUCAACGUCAGAAAACAUCUUGCAGUCUCAAGGAACUGAAAGUGGAAAAAAUGCAAGCGCUGCUUCAGCCAGCUCCUCUUAUUCUAGUGUUAUUUUGCCAGUGGUUAUUGCUUUGAUUGUAAUAACACUUUCAGCAUUUGUUCUGGUGGGUUUGUAUCGAAUGUGCCGGAAGACAGACCCAGGCACAAGGGAAAAUGGAAAUGAUCAACCUCAGUCAGAUAAAGAGAGUGUGAAGCUGCUCACUGUUAAGACAAUUUCUCAUGAGCCUGGUGAGCAUUCUGCACACGGAAAAACCAAGAACUGACAGCCUGAUGAAUCCUUCCCACACCUGGGCAAUAAAUAUGCUGAGUCUUCAGAUUCUAUGUCCCGGGGUAGAAAGGGAGAAAGCCCUGUGGAAUCUCCGAACCUGCUGGCCAGUCUGCACCAGCCACCUAUCCCAGUAAAAUGAUGUUCGAUGACACACCUUAAUUUGAUAGACUCAAAAAGAAUCCUGCACCCAUCCUGUCCUUUGAGAUGGAAAGAAGCACACUGCUACAUUUUAUAGAAGCGUCCCUAGGAGAGCAAAUUUUAGGAAAGGCAUUUGUGAAGCAGUUCACCCAACAAUCAAGGGAGACGAGCCCACGGAAGGCAUGAACUUAUCUUGAGUUUAAAGUUUCAAGAACCUACGGUUUUCAUCUGUGGAGACUUUUCUACUUUCUUGGUGUUCUUCUAUUACCUAAUGUUUGUAUUUAUUGAUUUCCACUAUUUUAAUGCAGGGACAAUUUGCAAGUGUAUUUUUAAAUAUUACGUAGAAUUCAUGCCAUGCCACUUUGUACAUACAUUUUAUUCAUAUUUUCAUGUUACUUAUAAUAAAUAAUUACUGCACGUUAUCACUAGUGGGAUACAAUUAAAGGUCUGUUGCUUGGGGCAACUAAAAAUAUCAUCAUGGGACUGUGAAAAUGUAAAUGGCAUUGUCUUCUCAUAAUUACGAAUGUUUUUCUGAUUGAUUGUUGGAUUGUGAGUCCCUGGAAUUCACUAAUGAAAGGCAUCUGUCCUGGGCGAGAAACGGACAAAGGAUUCGUGUAUCAGACUCAGUUCUGGAGGAGCCGGUUUACCAUUUCUUUGUUCUUUCUAUUUGUAAUUCACACCAUGUGACAAGGAUGAAAGGACAUUUGCAACAUGCUGUAGUGCAUUCAUUAAGAGGAUAACAGGAUCGAGUUCUCA